CUUGAAGCAAGAAAAGGGAUGAAAGUACUGGGACGCGUUAUAUCGUACAUCGCACAUUAGUGCUGCUCCAUGAAGCUUGGUAUAGUUCGUAUGAAUCUGGCGGGAACGAAGAACAUUUCAAGUCAACUCGCCGUAUAUAACCUUCGAAAAUUUUUGUUGUAAAAGUUUAUUUGGAUAGUUUUAUUUAUUUUUAUAAAAAUGAAUUUACCUGCCAAAAUUAAGAAAUUAGAUGAAGUUGUAGUAAAUAGAAUCGCAGCUGGUGAAAUAAUUCAGAGACCAGCAAAUGCAUUAAAGGAAUUAAUAGAAAACAGCUUAGAUGCUAAAGCCACAAAUAUACAGAUAAUAGUGAAAGAAGGAGGAUUGAAAUUAUUACAGAUUCAAGAUAAUGGUACAGGUAUUAAGAAAGAUGACAUGGAAAUUGUAUGUGAAAGAUUUACUACUAGUAAAUUACAAAAUUUUGAAGAUCUCAAAGCAAUAUCAACAUUUGGAUUUCGUGGAGAAGCUUUAGCAAGUAUUAGUCAUAUUGCUCUUCUAACUAUAACAACUAAAACAUCUGAUGAAAAAUGUGCAUACAGAGCAGCAUAUAUCGACAGUAAAUUGAAAGAACCACCAAAACCAUGUGCUGGUAAUCAAGGUACAACAAUAACUAUUGAAAACUUGUUUUACAAUGUUGCAACUAGACGAAAAGCAUUGUCCAAUGUAUCCGAAGAAUUUACUAAAAUUACAGAUGUGGUAAUAAAAUAUGCUAUACAUAAUCCCAAAGUUGGAUUUAUAUUAAAAAAACAUGGAGAGACAACACCACAAGUUCGAACAACACAUAAUUCUACUAAAAUGAAUAAUAUAAGAAUUUUAUAUGGAAAUCCAGUGGCAAGAGAGUUAUUAGAGAUUGAGCUUCAAGAUGAAAGUUAUCAAUUUAAAAUGCAUGCUCUAAUAACAAAUCCGAAUUACACAAGUAAACGGAUGAUAUUUUUAUUAUUUAUUAAUAACCGUCUUGUAGAAUCUACUCCAAUUAAAAAAAUGUUAGAGGAGACAUAUACAGUAUAUCUUCCAAAAAAGACUCAUCCAUUUUGUUACAUAUGCUUGGAGAUUAAUUCAAAUAAUGUUGAUGUUAAUGUACAUCCAACAAAACAUGAAGUUAGAUUUCUUUAUGAAGACUCUAUAAUUGAAAAAAUAAAAUUGGCUUUGGAUGAAAAGUUAGCUGGUGAUAGUGCUUCAAGAACCUUUUACUUGCAAGCACGCUUACCAAAAGUAGACGUCACUGAGGAAACUUUGAAAGAAGUACUACCUGAAUUUGAGAAGGAGAAUUCAGGAAAACAAAAGAAAAUACAUCAAAGAGAUUUAAUCAGAACUGAUUCUUCUGAUCAAAAGCUUGAUAAGUUUAAUUUUACUAUAAAUACUGCUAUGAAAAUAGGUAGAAAUAAUAGUUCUGAACAAACGACAGAAUCAAAUCUUCAAACUGAAAAAGUGUUUGAAUUAAAAAUGCCAAAUGAUACUAAAAAUAAUGUUGUUACAGAUAAUAUUUCUGUAAAUGUACAAAAGAUAGAUAUAACAAACAAAAAUGCAUUUCUCAAACAAAAUAGUGAAUUACAUGAAAAGUAUUUACAAAAUAAUGAAUCUGGACAUUUAAAUACCAUUACAAACCAAUCAACACAACCCAUUUUAUCAGAAGCAAUUGCAUCUACAUCAAAUAAUAGUGUUAUUACUACUAAUAAUAUUAAUCUGAAUACUUACCGAGAAGUUUUACUAAUGUCAGAAGCUGAUUCAGAUGAUUCAUGUAAUGAAAAACAAUACGAAAUAAAUAAAUGUAAUGAUUCAAUUGCAAAAAAUGCACGUAAAAGAGUAUAUCAAUAUUUCGGUAAUAAGAAUAUUGAAGAUUUGGAAAGAGAACUGCCACAAAUAAAACCAAUUAUUAAUAUACAAGAACAAAAUAAUGAUAAUAAAAUGGAACAAUGUACUAUAGAUAAUAUUGAUUGCAUAUCUCAACCAAAUGUUACUAAAGAAAAUAAAUCAAUACAGGAAUUCAAAUCUUAUUCUGUAAACAAUUUUAGAAGAGAAGUAAAAUUAACUAGUGUGUUAAAAUUGAGAAAACAAGUAGAAGAUAACUGUCACCAAGGAUUAAGAGAAAUUUUAUCAAAUUUAAUAUUUGUUGGAUGUAUUGAUGAAGUAUCUACAUUAAUACAAAGUGGUGUAAAUUUAUAUAUAUGCAAUACCAAAAAAUUAGCAGAGGAACUAUUCUAUGAAAUUAUGCUGUAUGAUUUUGCUAAUUAUGGUAUCAUAAAGUUCUCAGAUCCAAUAUCUUUAUAUGAUUUAGCCAUCUUAGGAUUAGAAACUGAAGAAGCAGGAUGGACGGAAGAAGAUGGUUCGAAAGAAGAACUAGCUACGAACGUGAAAGAAUUAUUAUUAGAAAAAGCAGAUAUGAUGAAAGAAUAUUUUUCUAUAGUCAUAGAUAAAAAAGGAAAUUUAAAAUCAUUACCAAUAUUAUUAGAUAAGUACUUUCCAUUUGAGGGAGGCUUACCAAUAUAUAUUUUGCGCUUAUCAACAGAGGUUGAUUGGACUACCGAACAGCCAUGUUUUCAAAAUAUUUGCAGAGAAACAGCAAAAUACUUCAGUGAAAUGAAUCCUGUUCAUAAUACACAUGACUGGAAAUAUGUUACAGAACAUAUUUUAUAUCCAGCAAUUAAGGAAAGUUUAUUACCUCCAAAACAUUUUGCUCAUGACUCAACUAUAUUGCAAAUAGCCAGUUUACCUAAUUUAUACAAAGUAUUUGAAAGAUGUUAAGUAAUAAAUUUUUUCAUACCAUA